AUGAGCUUUCGGGAUAAAAAUGAUAGCUUUGUUGAGAAGGGUAUUUCAGAAGUUGAGGGAGGAAGCAAAGAUUGUAUUGGUAAUGGCAAGAGAUUACUAGAACAAGAUAAGUUUGAUUACUUGCAAUCUUCGGUUAAGAAGUUGAAAGUCUCUUCUGAACAGGACUUGGUAGAUAAAGAACCUGCAUUGGUUCAAUAUUCUAUUGAGGAAUGCCAAACAAAGAGAGAAUUUGAAGAGAAGAGGUUGCAAUUGCACUCCCUAGAGAAAGAUAUUGAGGAGCUGUGCAAAGAGCUUGAAAGUAAGAGAAAACAGCUCCAUUUGAUGGAGGACUUGAGGAGAGAGUGUGAAGAGGAGCUCAAGGUAGAACAGGAAGAAUUUCUUCUAGUGCUGGAUAACUUUGACAAGAAAAGGGAAAUGAAGGAAGAGGAACUGAAGGAUCUUUCAAAGAAAAUUGCUAAGUGUACAAAGGAACUUAAGACCAAAGAGGGAGAGAUUGAUGCAAUGAAGAAACUGAUUGAUGCCGAAGCUGAGAAGUUGCAAUUAGAAAAUAGGAAGUUACUUAAGGUAAUUUCAUUAAAUGGAUAUCAUCAUGUUCAGUUGAAGGAGCUUCAGUCCAAAGAAAAGGAAUUUGCAGCACGGGUGGAAGAGCUUGAAUCAAAAGAGAAGCAAUAUGAAGAACGAGUGAAUGAACUCGAGUCAGAAAAUAAGCAAAUUGAAGGCAAAGUGAAAGAGAUCCAGUUAAGAGAGGAGGAACAUAAAAAGCAAGUGGAGGAGUUUGUUUUAAUGAAGAUGAAUUUUGACUGCAAAUUAAAUGAGCUUGAUUCGAAAGAGAAGCACUAUGAAGAACGAGUGAAGAAGCUCAAUUCAGUGAAGAGUGAAAUUGAAGGCAAAGUGAAAGAGCUCCAAUCAAGAGAGAAAGAACUUCAAAGCCAAGUGGAGGAGUUUGCCUUAAAAAAGGAACAUUUUGAUUGCAAGUUAAAUGAGAUUGAAUCAAAAGAGAAGCAGUAUGAAGAACAGGUGAGCAAACUCACUUCAAAAAACAGUCAAAUUGAAGGCGAAUCGAAAGAGCUCGAAACAAGAGAGAAGGAGCUUAAAAGCCAAGUGGAGGAGUUUGCACGAAACAAGGAGAAUUUUGAAUACAAAUUGAAGGAGCUUGAAUCCAAAGAGAAGCAAUAUGAAGAACAAGUUAAGAAACUCAAUUCAGAAAAGAACCAAAUUAAAGGCUGGAUUAAGGAGCUUGACGCAAGAGAGAAGGAGCUCGAAUGCCAAGUCGAGAAGUAUGCAUUAAACAAGGAGAAUUUUGAGUUCCAAUUGAAGGAGCUCCAAUUAAAAGAGAAGAAUUUUGAAGGCCAGAUGGAAAAGCUUAGGUCAAGAGAGAGUAAGAUUGAAGUACGAACAAAAAAACUCAAGUCAAAAGAGAAGCAAUUCGAGAGACUAGAGAAGAAGCUCAGCUUCAAAGAGAAAAAGUAUGCAAAGCACAAGGAGAUGCUCAAGUCAACACAGAAGCAGUUUGAAGCAGAAAUGAAAAUUUUUGAGUCAAAAAAGAAUCAAUUUGAAGAGAAAUGGAAGAAUCUUCGGCUUAAAAUACUGCAGUCUGAACCGUCGAAAAAUUCAUUGAGAGAGGAAAAUGAGCAGGAUAAUCAAUUAAGUCGCGGCAGCGAUGUAAGAAGUUUCGAGCUUUUCUCAAAUGAUGAGCAAACAGAUUUUCACAAAAACAUUUUAGUUUAUCUGCAGUGUCAAUCAGAUCCAGCAGAACUAAUUUUGGAAAUAAUGAAAGAUCCAAUGCUUCCAUUUUGUAGCCAGGGAGACCAUAGCCACAUAUUUCUGCUUGAACAGCUAAUGAGAAUCUCCCCAGUCAUUAAACCUCAUGUUAGAGAAGAGGCAAUGAAGUUUGCACUUUAUUUGAAAGCUAACAUGAGACCAAGUACUGAAAAUUCUUUAGUAGUUCUUGGUUUCUUGAUGAUUUUGUCAACUUAUGGAUUAGUUUCCUCUUUUGAUGAGGAUGAGAUAUUAAAGUUUCUCCAAAUUGCUGCUCGGCACAAGGAAGCUGUAGAGCUGUUUCGGAUUCUCGGUUUUGUGAAUAAAAUCUAUGGUUUUGUUGAGAAUCUCAUCAAGAAUCAGCAGUAUAUUGAAGCUGUCAGAUUCAUUUGGGCAUAUGGGUUGGCUGAGAAGUAUCAAUCAAUUCAUCUGUUGCAAGCACAUGUGAACAAAGCAAAGUUGAAUUGUGAGAACAAUUACAAGGAAAACAAGUCCACUGAAACUAAGGUUGAGUCCAUAGAUGAAGGAAUUUCAAGCCUGAAAACUGUUCUGCAGUUCAUCAGAGAGAACAACAUAGAAUGUAAAGAACUGGUUGAGGAGGUUGAAGAUCACAUUGUUAAGCUAAAAUGGCAUAUGGUAAAUAUUGUCAAGGCCAACAUCCAAAGUGUUACAAGAAAAGGUGCUAGUUAG